CUCGUGAAUGGCUCUUUAUAGAAUGACGUCACUUCAACGGCUAGCGGGAAGGCUUCGGUGAACGGAGAUGGAGAGAGAUUGAAAAAAAAAAUGGCGCUAAACUCCGAAAAAACAAACAACUAAUUGAAUUAACGCUAAAUAUACACACAACACCCGUAAACAGCACACAUAUGUAAACAAACGAGCGCUUUGAGAUUAGUAUACGUUGAAAACAGGUGACUGACAUGUCAACGCUCCGCCCAGCUGGAAGCGAGAGGAGGAUGUCGGAGUGACAAACGACUCAGAGGGAAGUCAGUCUGGACCGUGUUGUGCCUGCUGCGGUUAGUUUAUUUCCAAGCCGAGAUAUUGUUUUAAAGGAGGAUUUCACAUCAUUUACUUUGUUCACAACGCUCGUGUGUCGCGUUACGGACCGUCUCGUUCAGUCGGUAGUGCUCGGUAAUAAUCGGUGUGUUGCUCGGUGUUGACACCGUUUAAAGGCUCAGUUGUAACAGCAGCUGCUUGCAGUUGUUAACUGGAAAUAUUUAAUGGAAAUGCGAGGAAUUCCCAACAUUUCCUGUGUGUAUUUUUCCAGUCAACUAGCGGCACAUGGCUCAGCGUAGUUUUUAGAUUUGGUUGCCACAAAAUACGGACUUGAUUAUUAUUUUUUUUAUCAAGCGUGAAGGUUUUCAUUAAACUUGUCCAGUGACUAACCAUCACUUCAUAUAUCGCUCUUCACGUUUAAAGGCUGUUUUUUUAUGACGGGAAGUGAAAGACAACUAUUUGGCCGCUCACUUUACAACAUGUUGUCAUUUACAAUACAAACAAGUGGAUUGUUUGCUGCUGACCCAUCGUUGAGGCUUUCAGUUUGCUUUUAACAGCAUAAUUCAGUCGUGUGUGAGUCCAUGCUCCUCCAUGCCUUUGUUGGCAUCUAAUGGAAGAUAAAGCACCCAUCAGGUCUGCCAUGGUAUCUAGAUUGCCUAAGUUCGGUGGACGCUCCUCAGGUGGUGGCACUGGCCCCUUGUCCAAUGGUUCUACACAGCCAACCCCCCCUUCCCAGGAUGGUAAGAUAACUCCACCAGGAACACGCACAAAUGGUGUGAUCCGAGCCUCUCCUUUUUCCCUGAAAUGGAGAAAAGAUGAAGGGACAACCCCAUCCAGCCCCACCACUCCCACCAGCCCUGGGGAAGGAGGUGAAGACAAGGCUCAGACACAGCUUCCCUCUCUGGCAAAGGAGGUAAAGAGUGCCUCACCAGGGACACCCAAGAUUCGGAGGUCAGGUUCUCUGAUGGUGGCUGUCUCCAGCCCCAAGGCAAUCCCCAAGCAAUCCUCGAAGAUGAGUCCUAAAGCAGGGACUAAGCUAGGCCAAAGCCCACUCAAUGGAGGUCCUAAAGUUAGCCAUAAUGGAUAUAGCAUUUCUGCUCGAACAGGAUCAGAGUCCCGCCUCGUGCGGCCAAGAUUAGGCUCCAGCUCUCCCAGAAGCAGCUCUCAAGACAGCCUCUCCCAGUCCAGUGACAGCACAAAGACCUUGGCAAUGGACAACAUGGUGCGUUCAAACAGCUUCACUCAUUUCAAGCAGAUCCCCUCUCCCACCAGCCAGCCUAUGACACGGUCCUUCUCCUUUAAUCGGGCAGUGGAGCUGGCCAAACCUCUGGCCAACACCCAACUCCGGCCUCCUCGGAGUAGUUUCCUCAAACCCCCUCAGCUUAGCAAUGGACGGGUGGGUUUAGGACUGGGAGGUCUGAAUGGCAGCCAUGGAGGUGCAGGAGGUCUAGGUGGAGGGAUUGGAGGUCUUCAGCACAACAGAACUCCUCCAGCUGCCUCCUCUCUGCCCACCCCCUCAAUCUCUCCAGCACCCACUACUCCCAGUGCUCUGAGGAAGCCACUGCUACCCAGUUGUGUGCUGACCAAGUCAUUGGGAAAUAGUGGGGGCUCUUUGGGCUACAGGCUGGCUAGGUCUGCGCAGGCCAAGCAGCAAAAGCCUCUUUUUCCCGGUCGGGUGAAAGGGGAUGUCAGACCUUCAGCUGCACCUGAAUGUGGAGGGACAUUAGGGAUAGCAAUACAUAUUGAGCCGACUGAUGAGGCUGCAAAAGCAGGCUCUCACUGUGAGAGUGAUGGAAGCUCUGGGGAUGGAGGAGGAAAAGGAGGAGAAAGUCAUGUGCUUAGGCAGAGUUCUGGCCAGGCAGCAGGUGAGACUCUGGAGGACAUGUCCUUAUCCUCUGCCUCGUCUCUAGACAGAGGCGACACCAGUGAAGAGUUUCUAGAUGACUUUGACAGUGUGGGAGAUGUGUUCAGUGAUGGGGACCUGCCUGACAACAGGACAACUGGUAUCAGUACUCAAACCCGCCUACACAGCUUUCUCGAUGAGACCAUUGACUGGGUCACUGUGGAUCUGGCAGGACAUAAAGAAGAAAGCCCUAUGCAGGACUCCCAGGGACCACUGGCGUUGUCUCCAGAACGGGUUGAUAUCUGCCAGGCUUCAUCUGUGGAGCUGUCGCCCUCCAACAGCUCUGGUGGAACCUACAUGUGGGAUGAAGAUGGCCUUGAGCCCCUUGGGGGGCUUGGGACACAUCUAUUUGACAGCUAUGAUGACUCAGAGCUCAACAGCAUGGAUAUCCUGAACAACCUGGACCCUCCGGGCACUGGAGAGUUGGAUGAUGAUGACCUUAUGCUGGAUGUGGACCUCCCAGAGGAUGGCUUGCAUGACAUUGACAGGAUGUCCCACAUUGAGCGCUCGGAGAGGGCCGGUCGGCAGGGACAGCGGCGUAAGCACCAUCGCUGGGUUGGACCAGACCAUUUCCACAAUGAUAGCAGGGGCCCUUUCUUCCAGCACUAUGAUGGUCUUAAGGCCUCAAGGAUGUCUUCACGGCCAGUCCCCUCUGAAGGCAGGCAGCAUGGCUACACAGCAAUGCUGGAUGAACUCACACUCGAGCAUAUGACCCAGGACUGCAGCUCGCUCAAGAACCAGCUUCUCAGGCUCAAAACUUUACUACAGCUUGAGGAUACAGACUCUCCAGCAGAUGUUGCUGAGGAGAUCGAAGACAAUACCACUGCAUCACAGUUGGAGGAGCUGAUUAAGGAAGUGCAGGUGCUCAGAGUAGAGCUGAGGAGUCGAGACAAGACCAUUGCUAAGCUCACAUUGCAGUGCCAACAGCUACAGCAACAACAUCAGCGGGAACAAAUGCCUGCUCAUGGACGGCAGGUCAGAUGUCAGUGCCACCACCAGAGGGCUCCCUCUUCACUACGACAGACUGACAGACAGCAGGACAAACGGAUGCAGCAGCACUAUGACAAGGCCACCCAGACGUACUGGAGACCACUCAGCCAUCCUCCUCAAAUACUACAGCCUUUCAACCCCUGCCUCAACGAGCACCUCCACCAGGGAAGACUAGUAAAAACUCCCCCCACCGAGGGCCGCAGUGACCUCACAAGGAGUAGUACAGAGGGAGGAGCCCGUCUAGAUGCUGACUGCCCUGUUGAAGGCCGCAUGGCAAAACUGUCUGGCCCAGCAGACCCCACCAACGAGCUGAGUCAUCUUCUCAGCACCCACCUGCGCCGCCCGAGCUUCGGGACUCCACAGGGGGUAACUGCCAGAGACAGUCCAGCAGCAGCAGCACCUCAGCCUGCAACACAGCUGGAGUGGAGAACCCCCGCUGUAAUACUGCAGAACUCUGUCACUCCUAGAUCUGCUGGAUCGACCUGCCCUCGCAUGCUGCAGCCUCCUCGCUUUCACAAGAGCGUGUCGCUUCCUGCACUCAAGCCGGGGGGCACGGGUGGCUUUGCCCCUCUGAAAGCGGGAUGUUCCUCAGGGCCUCUGGUUAACCGGACCAAGCAGCUGCCCCCUCCGUCUAGAGGCCUUCCCUGCUUUAACGCCGGACCCCGGGUGCAGGUUCCAAGUCUAUGUCGCACUUCGCUGCUUCAGCCUCGCAGAGCAUCAGAACCUUUCAAGGAUUCACGGUGCACCAGCUCCAGCCUGGAGGAGCCCAAACAGGGCACGCCCAAAGACCUUGGAUCAGCUAAGAUCCUGGUCCCUUUGAGUCGCUCAUGCCUCCCCAAGCCAAAGAUUCCCUGAGGAGCUUAAACCUACGCAUCAAAACUUAAAACUGGAAUCACUCUGACUUUGAUAUUCAUCCUCUUCCCUCCCCAGCCAUAAUAAUAGUGUGAUUGUUUUAUCUUUUGAGUGUCAGAGGAACACACUCUGAGCUCAUGAAACUCAUAUGGACCAUUUGGGGACCGCCUGUGUCUGCGAAAUUGAUAUUAUGCUGCUGUAUUGUUUUUAAAUCAGCUUCCACAACUCCAGCCUGAUUGAUUAUUCAAAAUAUAGUAUGUCACAGGAUGUUAUCUUCACAACAAUCCACAGUGGUAUAUGAAUCCACAGUCCCUCCAAAUGGCCUCUACAGAAGAAUCCAGUUUUAGUAGCUUUGCACAUGCACAUGAAUGCUGCUGAUGCAAAAAUAAGAGUGUUACCAUUCAGAGAAGUCUGCUUUUUAUUUCUCUUGUGAUGCCCACUAGCUAUUAACACAUUUCAAAGUCUGAGUUCACUUGUCUUCACACAGCUGUGCCCUCUGACAUACAGGUGCAUUCGGUUUUAAACACAGAGGUGACAUGGAUGUGACCUUAGCUGUGGAAUAGACGGCCCAGGGAAAGGCAGAGGCGAAAACAAGACGUAGGAAAGAAACAGAGAAAUACUAAAAUAAUAUACGAAGUGAAGUGGAGGCUGGAGACUUAAAAGCAAAUUCGUCAAAGCUCUCUGGAGCUGUCACUUCCAAUGAAUGAAUGAAAAAACAGUAUGUGCUUGUGUGAAUGUGUGUGAGAGAUGAGAAUACACAGAGGUGAGAGACAAAGAGAGAAGCAGCUUCACACUGUAGGUGCUUACAUGUUUCUGGUUCAGCUCAUUGUGCUACAACCUGAGUGAACCUUUGAACCCUGCACAUAUUAGCAAAAGAGGCUACAGACUUUGGUGUAAAUGCAACUCAAAUGGAAAUAAAGGCCUUUAAAAAAGAACAUUCUGCAUGUGGUGGAGAUGGAAUUAGGAGAAACAGUUAGCAAGUGAGGAAUUAGCUUUCAUAAUGUAGCGGAAAAGAGCUGUGUAAAAAAGCUCUCACGCACUCAAGUGUGCUUAGGUACAAUGUAGGCUCACUCAUAGCCACACGCAAAAGCAUGAAGUACUCUGACAUUGUAAAAAAUAUCUGUUCAGGGUCACUUUGUGCAUUUUCUAAAUCGAAAACAGUGAAAAAUAACAGGAAAUAGGCGAGAAAAAGGACACAGCAUGCAACAAAGCUAAUUUAAAAUAUACUGAGACAAAAAAUCUGCCGGUAAUGUGUGGAAAUUACACUUAUUUCAAGUGCAAAUAACUUUCUUGCAAAAACAUUGUGAUCUUCAGAAAGUCAGUUACAUUAACCUCCAUUCAUUUGAAGAUGUCGUUAUUUGAUGUAAGACAAUAUAACAAGUCAAACUCAGGUUGAGAGAAGUGACACUUGAUUUAAGAACAAAGAAUUUGCGAGUCAAUUAAAUCACUUGUUAGGGACAUUUUUUUACACUGCACACUGACUUCCUUGAACUAUCUCCGUCAGUGACCCACACAUGAAAACAUCAGCUAACAGGGAUUCAUUAUACGUGUGAAGCUGCUGCCUGGUGUGUGUGUGUGUGUGUGUGUGUGUGUGUGUGUGUGUGUGUGUGUUUGAGUGUCUAAGCUGUUGUCAAAGCUGUUGUUCCCUCCCCCCGCCCCGUCUCUCUCUUCCUCUUGCUCUCUUGCACAUCUCUUUGGGAACAUCAAAGGUAUUAGCGUAGUACUUUCAGGUAGGGAGCCUUCAGGGGUUUAGUGGUGUUUCUUUGGGAGUUUUGGAGAAUUGUGUUUAUCUCUCCUUCACGGAGCCCUUUUGCAGUCAAACGCUCCUGAAAUGUCCCCGAAUGGAGAGCAGCAGUGUGUUAAAAAGGCCUUCUGACAGCAACUCUGCUCUCUUCUCUGUCACGCCGCGUGACCACUUGGUGUACGCCUCUGGCUCUGUCUGGUCUACUGCGUCCAAUAAUGCACCCUACAUAGACAGAGGGAGACAGAGAGAGAGAGAAAGAGACACACACACACAUGUACACAUCCGGACACACAAGUUACAUCGACGCACAUAUAUGAGCGCUCUGACACAACUCAAAGAGACAUGAAACUCAAGAGGGAACACACACAUCAGUUCACACUCGCCAGCAGUCGCACCAACAUACACACUUUGAAUUCUUUAAGCAAGUACAUACAAGUGUGUUUUGUGUUGUUUUGUUUUGUCAGACUCUACUGCGGUUUUUUGGUAGCUCUCACAACAGAUGCUCUCCACGUUCACAUUGAUCCGUCUGUCUGCUUAAGCCAAAAAAAAAGAAAAGAGAUGGCCUUCUCUAGAUUACCUUGGAAAUGAGUAGAGGUUUGUGUGUGUGUGUGUGUGUGUUUGUGAGCGUGGAUCCAUGUGGCUGAUAAAACAUGCUUACCUGUUGGACGGUUCAACAUUGUGCCAAACCAGCCAAGCAGUCUGCACGGUUGUGUGAAGCCGAGAAAAAUCCAUUUCUUUUAAUGAAAACAGAAACAGGGGAAGCAAGAUAUAUAUACGGUGGAUGAGAAAGAUGCACAGUGAGAGAUAAUAAGGCAGAGCGGAAUGAAAGAGCAAAAAGAAGAGAUGUAGUGAUGAAAUGUCGCGCUAUGAUCAAGAUGAGCUGUUCGGUUUGUGAAUGUUGGUCUAUAAAAUGUCGGGAAGGUGUGUAUAAGAGAGGAGUGGGAGACAGAAUACAUAGCAUGUUUGUUUGUACGCACUGUGGUCCAGAGAAUAGCCCGAUCCCCUCAGCUGUGUCACUCACCGCGUAGUAAUGCCAAACAGGAAAUCAAUGUUGUCUGCUGUGUGUGUGUGUGUGUGUGUGUGUGUGUGUGUGUGUGUGUGUGUGUGUGUGUGUGUGAGUUUGCGUCUCCAGACACCUCUGGCUGCCAGUGUUUCUCUUUUGGAAGAGUGUGUGUUUGUAUGAGAGAGGGAGAGAUGUGUCUGCCCACAGGCCAAAGGCAAACUUGUGCCAGGGAAAGCAGGGCAGUGCCAUCCUUCUCUCCCUGUGCUGUACUCCCUAUCUCCAAAUCAAUGUCUUUGCUUAUUUUAGCAGUCAAGCCAAUCAGUCUCGCUAGCCAUGCUACAACAAAACCAUAACGAGGCUGCAGCAAGUUGGAUCGAUUCUAACGCAUGAUGUUGAUUCACUUUAUUUUGCAAGAGGAUUCCUACAUUUUUUAAGCUGCAUUGCACAACAGUAAAAGUUACCAAAGGGGGCCAGUUUGUUCUAUAUUAUUACUCUGAAUGGCACAUUAUGCAUUUUAGCAUUCAGUACUCAUUAUAUACAGUACCUACUGUAUGAAGGUGUUGUCCUGCAGUAGAAGAUGCACAUCGACUGACACACAAGACUUGACUAGUGACCGGGAAAUCCACUGACACUUAGAACAUAUACUGUAGGGGUAGAGUAACUCCUAUUUGCAGUUUUAAGCUUUUUUUAUGUUAAAGCAGCUAUAAUCAAUAUUUUAUAUUAACAAUGGAUCACAUGACUGCUUGUAUGCACAGAAUAACAGACUUAUUAGUCAGGUGGACACAAACACAACUCCAAAUGAAUGCUAAAGUUGCUCAGUAUCUGCUGGAUGUGCAUAGGAAACUGUUUACUAACACUUUCACCAUAUCAAAUUUAUUGGGUGAUAAUAUGUCAGUGUUGUGUUUACAGCUUGUUUUCGUUGCCCCCGGGUGGCCAUAAAAUCUAUUAUUACAGUAUAAAAACCAUCCUCUGGAGGUUUCUUAGCCACCUCUACCUGCACCCGAUGAUGGUUUUAAAGUAAAACUGAAAGCUUGAAACUGUAAAUAUGCGGCUGCCUUUUUUGGGGGUGGGGAGGGCAACUCUACUCCUAUUAUUGACUUGUGGUUUGGUGUAUCAUACAGUCUAUUGGUUUUUCCAUCAGUUUCGAAUCCACUACAUACGUGUUACAGUUGUCAUUUUCAUCAUAGCUUUAACACUUUAAACUCCUCGGUUGAAACUCACCAAGAAGUUGAAAGUGUUAGCGGAUAAAGCACAUACUGUACUGUAGCUGUCCAUAUUUACCUCCCACAAUAUGCAAGGUCAUUGUAUUUACAACUUUUUUUCAGCUGUUAAGCAUUGUCUCCAGUGAACUGUGCAAUAUUUGAAGCAAAAAGAUGAGGGAACGCUACACUAUACUUCUAGCGACCUUUUAUGCAAAUCAGAAAAAAGCUACUUUAAAAAAAAAUUCUAAUCUGAUGCACUUUAAAUGACGUUAAUUGUUGAUAUUGAAUGAAUGUUAAACCUGAUUUAGAGGUGACUUAGAAUUCAUUUGGUUUUUACAGUAUAAGUUUUGAUUUAUUUUAUUCUUUCUUCUUUCCCAGUGUGUCUCUGUUUGCAAAGGUAAUCAUAUUUGUCAUGUGAGACAGCGAUAAAGGUUGCACCAAAAAUUUGACUAGUGUGUUUCAGCAAAUCUGUAGGUUUGACAUGAUCAAUUAGAGGCCAUAGGUAGUUGCUUUGGUCCUAUGGUGGGAGGUACUGCCUGACAGUCAAUGCUGAUGAUCUGGAUCAUAGACCCUCACCACCAAUGCUAACACACACAUACAGUAUACACAAAGCUGCUGAUCUCAGUUCAAGAUAUAAGAGAGACCUCAUGAGUUUGUUUCCCUCGUUUUCAUUUGGUUGUAUUUCUGUGGAAAUAAAGUAUGAUUGUGAAACAUA